CAGCCUUUUUUUCCUCGCGGGUUUUUGAACCCGAAGCCAUUGGAUCCGAAGCCAUGGGUUCUCUUGGCCGAGUGGAGACGGCCACGGGCGAAAUGGCCUAUGUGCUGCCUCUUACGGAGGAGAUGUACAAUGUGAUGCUUCAUGGUCUGAAGAGUUUCACUGACGACCUGCAGUCCGGGCACACCGACAGCAGCGCCAUCGGCUACGGCUGGGCGCCUGCGCCCUUCGCCGCCAAGAUCUCAGCGCCGCGGUUUCUGCGACCCAAACCGCCCACGCUCUCGCUGAGCCUCCGCGACGCCGAGCUGCGCCCCGCGCCGCUCUCGGCGCGGUCGCCGGGCGCCGAGGGGUCCCGGUCCCCGCGGCGGCCCAGCUCGGCGGGGCGCGAGGAGAAGAGACCGGUGCUGCCCAGGAUGGAAGCUGCCGCACGGACGACCAGCGACUCUGACACCAGCCGCGGAGGUGCUGCCAAAGAGAUCGUCGCUCCGCAGAGCGCGCGUGGUGUGGUGUUGCCUCCUGCCAAAUCUUCUCGGCAGCGGCCGCAGAAGCACCUGGCAGCCGACGGCAAGGGGCCGAAGAAGCCUGUGACGAAGGAGCCAAGGGAGUCCGUGCCGAUGCCGCCUGAGCGAGUGCCUCAGGACCGGCACCGUCCAGCGCCGAUGCGCCCCGUGCCCAACGCGCACGCGCAGAACGAACGCGCAACGGGACUGGCGGCAAAGCAUGGGCCUCGAAACCUAGAGGAACACAUCGCCUUCGCGAGCCAACGCCUGCUCUCUGGACAGCUGACCUGGAAGACGGAGGACUCCUUCGCGGACUACCGCAAUCUGCGUGCAGGUGAGUACUUCAAUCAUUUCCAGCAGAAUGCGGCGCUGACCACAAAGGCUGGACUGACCAAAAGUCUCAAGGACUAUUCCACCUCCUUCUCCGACGCGGAGAGCUUUUUCCCUCGAUCCUACGAUGUAGCGCAGAAGAGCGAGCGUGAGGACUUCAUCCUCGACUUCCGGCGGUCGGCGGCGUUGCGCGUGGCCUUGCUCCACCGGCGCAUGCGAAAAGAUCAGCAGCAAGGCUUGAACGUGGCCUACCAGUGCAAUGAGACAGUGUUGGCUGCCUCGCAGCGGGUGUUGCAGCGCUGGCAAAAGGAUUUGGACCGGGAGCACCUCGAUGAGGGCGACGAGGGAGCGCAUCUCUCAGAGGACCUUUGGGAAGCGUUGCUUCUGUACAGCGAUCUUCAACAGUCGGAGCUCCUCUACGGCGUCGCUGACCGAAACCGGCACGCGAAGAACGCGCGGAGCGAGGAGAGCUGCGUGCAGGAGUUGAAGUUAUGGCCGGAAUUCCUCAGCCACCACUGGGGCUAUGGAGAGUUUGCCGACACCUUGCAGCAUACGCUGAUGAGGCUUGAGAUGCUCUUUCCACAGUGGUCCCUCUUGGGCAACGAGACGGGUGGCCGCAAUGUGUGGAUCGUGAAGCCCGGGACGAAUUCCAAGUCCAACGGCAUCGAAUGCAUGAGUCAUUUGAAGGAGCUCUUGCAGCACUGCGACCGCAUGCCGAAUCGCCUCGUGCAGAAAUACGUGGAGCGGCCGUUGCUGCUCUUCAGCGGACGGAAGUUUGAUAUCCGGCAAUGGGUCUUGGUGAGGUCGGUAGAGCCAUUGAAAGUGUUCCUCUUUAGCGAAUGCUACCUGCGGCUGUGCAACGGCAUGUACGACCUGGGUGAUCUGCGAGACCGGGAGAGGCACAUUUCCAGCUGGCAAGUCAACAAGCAUGGCAAGAACGUCGUGGAUGGCGCCGUGGUCUCCUUGGAGGAUUUUCGCCGCGAGUUGGAAGAACUCACUGGGCAGAAGGACUACUGGGAGAAGGAGCUCCUGCCACAGAUGAAACACAUCGUCGUUGAGGUGCUCCGUGCGGGCGCCUUGUCGCUGACGCCGCGCGCCGAAAGCUUUGAGCUCUUUGGCUUCGACCUGAUGUUGGACGAGGCCAUGAAGAUGUGGCUUUUGGAGGUGAACUUAAGCCCCGGCUGUGACAGCCGCACGGCUUUCAUGGAUCGAAUGCUCAGUCGGAUGUCACAUCGAUUGAUCGAGGUGGCCGUACUGGGCCGAGAAGAAGCCGAUGGGGAGGAACCUGACUGGAUCAAGAUCUGCGAUGAAGCUGGCACAACCGCUCGAUCUGCAGAUCUGCAAAGGCCCGACUUGAGCAUCCAGGGCACUCCGCUGCGGAUACCAAAGAAAGGACCAGCAGCCGCACGAGCAGGGCCACAGGACCCAGGUGGCCGAGGUGUCUCCUUCAUUGCAGAGGAUGCAGAGGCCAGCCAUUCGCCCAAAGAGCCUGUCCGGAAGGGAACCGGCUUUGUAAGCCUCUCGGACUUGCCGGAUGAUGAUGAGGAGGAGCAAGGCGUGCGCUUCCCGGAGGUAUCUGGUCCUUCUGAAGAAGGUCAACCCCGGGCCAAGGUCCGCAAGGGCACCGGCUUCGUCGCUGCGUCCGACCUGCCAUCUGAUGGAUCGGACGACGAGGACAGAGGCGUGACCUUCAAUGUUCCUGCUCAGGUGGAAGACCGCAACGCAGAUCCGAAAGUCAAGGUCCGGAAGGGCACAGGCUAUGUGAGUCUCUCUGACUUGCCAUCGGAUGGUGAGGAGGAGACGGCAGCAGUCUCCUUCCAGGCGUCUGCAGACGACGGGCAACCUCGAGCUAAGGUCCGCAAAGGCACAGGGUUUGUAUCCCUUUCAGAGCUUCCGUCAGAUGGAUCUGAAGAGGAGGAGGACAGAGGAGUGACCUUCAACGUUCCUGCGAAGGCUGAUGGAGGCAACGGCGAUCCCAAACAGAAGGUCCGCAAGGGAACAGGCUAUGUGAGUCUUUCCGAGCUACCAUCAGAUGAUGAAGAGGGAACAGCAUCAGUAUCCUUCCAGGCAUCUGGACAAGAAGGACAACCUCGAACCAAGGUUCGAAAAGGCACUGGAUACGUGGCUGCAUCAGAUCUUCCAUCAGAUGGAUCGGACGAGGAAAGAGGAGUGACCUUCAAUGUUCCUUCGAAGGCCGAAGGACAUACCGGUGAUCCGAAAGGGAAGGUCCGCAAGGGAACAGGCUAUGUGAGUCUUUCCGAGCUGCCAUCAGAUGAUGAAGAGGGAACAGCAUCAGUAUCCUUCCAGGCAUCUGGACAAGAAGGACAACCUCGGACCAAGGUUCGAAAAGGCACUGGAUACGUGGCUGCAUCAGAUCUUCCAUCGGAUGGAUCGGACGAGGAAAGAGGAGUGACCUUCAAUGUUCCUUCGAAGGCCGAAGGACAUACCGGUGAUCCGAAAGGGAAGGUCCGCAAGGGAACAGGCUAUGUGAGUCUUUCCGAGCUGCCAUCAGAUGAUGAAGAGGAGCCCGCAUCAGUCUCCUUCCAGGCUUCUGGACCAGAGGGGCAGCUUCGACCCAAGGUCCGCAAAGGCACCGGCUUUGUUGCUGCUGGUGACCUUCCCUCAGAGGGCUCGGAGGAGGAGCAGGAGACCAACAGCGUGAGCUUCAAAGCACGUGCUGAUCAGGGUGAUCCCAAGCCCAAGGUGCGGCAAGGCACCGGCUUCGUGGGUUUGUCCGAUCUUCCCGACGAGGAGUCCAGUGUCUCAUUUCAGGCCAGAGGAGACGAGGGCGAACCCAAGCCAAAGGUCCGGCAAGAUACCUGCGUGGUUCGGGCUUCCCAACUCCCUCCCGAAGAGGAGGAGGAGCAGCAGAAUCGAUGGCCCAGGAAGUCGGCGAUGAAGCAGCAGGUCUCGCCGCGCAAGCAGGGGCACACGCUCUCUGCGUAUGCCCUAUUCGAGCUGGGCUCUGAUGAGGAGGAUGAGGGUGAGAAUGAGGCCCAGGUGACGACCGCGACGACUGCGCCGGGCAGAGUAGGCUUCGAUGAGACGGCAGAGGAGAAGCCAAGACCGACAGCUUCCAAGGUGACUGGACGACGUGGCACCGGCUUUAUCAGUGCCGAGGAGGUGGACAAUAUGGUGCCCGACGAGGAAGCAGUUGUAAGAGAGACGGCCAAGGCGACCCUGAAGAAGGGGCGAAGCUUCGUGGCCACGGAGGACUUGGCUGCGGCGCUGGAGGAGCCGGAAAGCCCGGGUUUGCAGCAAGCAGAUCACGCAGAGGUGGACGCUGAGAGUCGAGUCACCUUCGAUGCCUCAGCGCAGGAACGAAGUUCGUCUCAAGGAAGUUCCAAGGUCGCUCGCAAAGGUACUGGUUUCCUCUCUGCGAAUGACUUGAAGAACAUGGCGGACGAGGACGAGGCAGAGGAUCCAAAGGCAGCUGUGACGUUUGAUGAGUCAGCGCAGGAGCGAGCUUCGUCCCAAGGAAGCUCCAAGGUUGCUCGCAAAGGCACUGGCUUCCUGUCCGCUGCCGACUUGCAGGCCAUGGCGGCUGAGGAAGAGGACGAGGCAGAGGCUUCAAAGGCAGCCGUAACGUUUGAUGAGUCAGCGGAGGAGCGAGCUUCGUCUCAAGGAAGCUCUAAGGUUGCUCGCAAAGGCACUGGCUUCCUGUCCGCUGCCGACUUGCAGGCCAUGGCGGCUGAGGAAGAGGACGAGGCAGAGGAUCCAAAGGCAGCCGUAACUUUUGAUGAGUCAGCGCAGGAGCGAGCUUCGUCUCAAGGAAGCUCUAAGGUUGCUCGGAAAGGCACUGGCUUCCUGUCCGCUGCCGACUUGCAGGCCAUGGCGGCUGAGGAAGAGGACGAGGCAGAGGAUCCAAAGGCAGCCGUAACGUUUGAUGAGUCAGCGGAGGAGCGAGCUUCGUCUCAAGGAAGCUCUAAGGUUGCUCGGAAAGGCACUGGCUUCCUGUCCGCUGCCGACUUGCAGGCCAUGGCGGCUGAGGAAGAGGACGAGGUGGAUCCAAAGGCAGCCGUCACAUUUGAUGAGACAGCGCAGGAACGAAGUUCAUCCCAAGGAAGCUCCAAGGUCGGCCGCAAGGGAACUGGUUUCCUCUCUGCCAACGACUUGAAGGCCAUGGGUAAUGAGGAUGAGGCCGAGGACGAGGACGAGGAACAUCGAGGGGCGGCUGUGACUUUUGAUGAGUCAGCGCAGGAGCGAACGCCGUCCGAAGGAAGCUCCAAGGUCUCUCGCAAAGGCACCGGUUUUCUUUCUACUAAAGACUUGAAGGCCAUGGAAGAUGAAGACGAGUAUGACGAGGAAGACUUCGAAGAAGACUUCGAAGAUGACUUUGAGGCCGAAUCAGGCAAUGAGAGCCCCAAUGCCUCCAAAACACAGUGAAGGGGCUCAACCCGCCCGCGACCGGGAUGCUGAAAG